UAGAGAGAGAAAGAAGGAGUGAGAGACAGAGCAACAGGAUAACUCUAAACAUCUAAAGACCAGAAAGAAUUACACUCCCCUUGAAGAGGCACUCAAAGUAUCAUACUUUGUUUUAAAAAUGCCAUCUAAAAUCACAGCGAACGAUGGAGUCACCGUACACACGGAGAAGCAUGAGUGGAUCAGAACCAGCAUGCAGGCAUCAUUUCCCAGAAACCUCAGGUUUACAUAUCACAAUCAGAAGGUUGGGGGUGUUUGUACUACAACAGAGAUUCCCGCAGGGACAUGGUUUGGCCCGCUGCAGGGAGAUCGUCUCCAUUCUGAAGACACACCGUUAGACGUCCACGGACAUCACAUCUGGAAGAUCUCAGAGGGGCGUUUACAUCACUUCCUGUUCCAUAAAGAUGAGAGCAGCAGGAACUGGAUGAGCUUUGUCAAAGCUGCCCCGUCUCCUUGGCAACAGAAUCUUGUAGAACGGCAAGUUGGGAUGGAGAUUUACUUCUAUGCAGUAAGACAUCUAAGGCCGGGGGAGGAGCUAUUUGUGGGGCGGAGACUGGAAAACGACAAGCCAAUCACAAGUCUCAUAACUUCCUCUCAGACUUCAGUUUGUGUGGAGAGACAGAAUCCAGUGAAUAAAAGAAAAAGAGGUCAUACCAUCACUGAGAUCCUGGAGUCUGACUACAGUUUUCCCAAUCCACCUCUUCUCAAAGAAACUUACAGCCUCCCAUCUAAACAUGAACCUAAAAGUAGAAAAGCAGAUCUGAUCUCAAUCGGCACGCACCAGAAACCUUCGCUGACCGUAGUCAUGCCUGACAUCUCCAUGACUUUGAGAGGUCUCCCAUACAUGCCUACCAUCCCGCAAUCCCCUCUGCCGAGGCACAUCUCACCUAUCAUUCAAAAUGUGCCAUUGCGCCAGCCGUCACCACACCUAUCCCAUAAUAUUCCCUUUCCACAAAUCCACAUGCAUCCAUGUCUUUUGAGAUUGGCAUCAAAUGAGAGUGACCUUCCGUUAGUUAACAGAAACGACUCCAGAGUUCCUGUGAAGACUGCCAGUACCUCAUCUUUAAAAGAGGACACAAAAGCGGCAUAUAACCGACCCACGACCCCACCUCCAUCUCUUAGCAAUACAGCCAAUCUCUUUCCUGGUUCAUCUGAUGAGGUAAUCAAUGACAUCACCGCCCAGAAAGAUUCACCUGAGGUGGGUGUGGCUACUCCGAGCAUCUCUAGCUCCACCCACCAUGACACCCCAGGCUCCCAUGAUCCAUGUGUGAAACCGGGCCAGACAGUAGGGCAUCAUAACCUACCGUAUCCGUUACAGAGACAGAAUGGAAAGAUCCAGUAUAAAUGCAACGUGUGUGAGAAGGACUUCAGUCAGCUCUCAAAUCUGAAGGUGCACUUGAGAGUUCACAGCGGUGAGAAACCGUACAGGUGUGUUACCUGCAAAAGAAACUUUUCCCAACUAGCUCAUCUUCAGAAACACACACUGGUCCACACAGGAGAAAAACCUCACGAAUGCCAUGUGUGUAACAGGCGCUUCAGCAGCAGCAGUAACCUGAAGACACACCUGCGUCUUCACUCAGGUGAACGGCCGUACGUCUGUAAGCAAUGCCCGGCUCGCUUCACCCAGCACAUCCACCUGCGUCUGCAUAGACGUCUGCACACCUCCCCACGCCCUCACCAGUGUCAGGAAUGCCUGCGCAAGUACACACACCUGUGCAGCCUGCAGAUCCACUCGCAUCAGUUCUGUCCCGACACCAGCACCACAGGCUCCGCCUCUCAGCUGGUCCUAGCCAAUGAAGAGCUCGAGAGCUUCGACGUGAGUGAGGCCGCACAAAACCUUGAGGUUGCCAUGGAGAUGGCAUCCGUACAGAGGAUGUGUCAGUUGAUCUGGGCGCGGGUGCUUGCAGUUCCGUCUUCCCUCCAGCAGGGGGCAGCACAAAAGCGAUGUGAAGAAGGCCUGUGAUGAACAAUGACAAGAUACCGUUCACUUUAUGAAAGAAAUGUCGGUUUGUUAAACGUGAGCAAUAAAUGCAACAGCUGUUUUCGAUAUUUAAAUAUAUUAACUACACUUAAGUAAAUAAUCUGCAUAUAGUUUGCCAGUUUUAUCUCCCUUGAAUGCAGAAUUUCUAUUGCACUGUUCUUUCCUCAGAGUAAAAAUGAGGCUUUUAUUAAAUAUAUCGCAAUAUGAUAUCAUAAGUGUGUGACAUAUCACUUUUUCUUUAAAAUGUAUACAUUUUGAUGAUACUAGUUUUUAUGUUGUAACUAUUAAGGUUUGAAUAACCAUAACUUUUUUGCAUUGUGUUGAAGGGUGUGAUCUCAGGGAUUUGUGUUAUUAUACUGUUAAAUUAUUGGAAAGUGACAAUAAAGCCCUUUUUUAUCAGUGGU